CACGCCGAGCAGCCCGCCGGGCGCUCCGGGGCAGCUCUUCAACGUGCGCCUCCGGGAAGAAAGUGGCACAGCCCACCCGAGGGGCCUCCCUGAGUGCAAGUGAAACGUCCCGUGGCUGAUAGGGCGCUGGGACACCUGGAGGCAGGCGCUAGGGGCACCGGCGGCGGAACACAACAAAGCAGAGGAGUGCGAGGUGCCCGAGCUGUGGGGCGCGCGUGGCCCGGGCUACCUCCGCGCUCUGGACAUGGCAAGUUUGUCAACUCCAGGCUCUGCAGCCAGCUUCUGGCUGCCCCCGAAGUGACGGCACCGCAGGGUCUACCCCUGGGGGGCGGCGCCCACCCCGGCCCCGGCCCGCAGCAGAAUGCUCCACCGCAGGCCAGGGAGAAGUUGGCAGUGGCCAGACUGCAGCGAGAAGUUGCCCAGAGGACAAGUGAGGGGGCCAUGCAUGAGAAGCUGAUACAUGAACUGGAAGUGGAGAGACACUUACGUCUUCAGAGUGAGAAGCGGUUGCAGGAGGUGACCCUGGAGUCUGAGCGCACCAGGAUUCAGAUGCAUGGCCUGCAGCAGCAGUUCUCCAGGAUGGAAGAAACAGUACGAAAUCUAUUGCAGAGUCAAGGACCUCCAGAGCAGAAAAAAGAAGACACUCUUAGUAUAAUGGUCUAUCAGGAAAAACUGUCAGAAGAAGAGAGAAAACAUAAGGAAGCUCUGGAAGAUCUUCACAUGGUGGUAGAUGAAGAUUCAAGAAGUGAAAGCAGCAGUGCAGAUGAAGGCAAAGAAAAGACCAAAUUGCUGUUAGAGAGACUCAAAGCUUUAGAGGCAGAGAAUUCAGCCUUGGCUUUGGAAAAUGAAAAUCAAAGAGAACAGUAUGAAAGAUGUCUCGAUGAGAUAGCCAACCAAGUUGUUCAAGCUCUGCUCACUCAAAAGGAUCUAAGAGAAGAAUGUGUAAAGUUGAAAACAAGAGUGUUUGAUUUGGAACAACAGAACCGAACAUUAAGCAUCCUAUUCCAACAGCGUGUCAGACCAACUUCGGAUCUGCUCCUGCAGAAACUUCAAUCACGCAUCUUAGAUCUUUCAUCUGGAGAUUUGCUUUCAGAAGUGGAAAGAAGCAGAAGUUUGACACAGUCACGAACUGAGGUUGAGCUGCACGAAUACCAACUGAAUGCAAAAUCGGGAACCCCAGCUUUGAAAUGCCCAGGCUUGGGGAUUGUUGUCCCUGGUCAUCUCUGUCCUCGCAACAGCUGCAGCAGCAGUGAACUGUCUCUUUCAAGCACCUGCAGCGAGUACUCCAGUGGCUCCUCCUACACAUGGCAUGAUGGGAAGAACCUCAGGAAAAGGCAAUCAUCACAACACUGGGAUAAAAGGCUAAGUAUUGAUUCUUCGCUCCCAAGUGGCUUUGCUAGCCCUACGGAUGAACUACCUCCAACUCGUAUCAAGGAAUCCCACAUUUUGGAAGGGCUAAGAAAACUACAGAAGCGAAAAGUAUUACUUGAGCCCCCAUCAGUGAUAAGCAAAUGGGGUUACAAAGAUUGUAUGAACUCAAAUGAAGGAAUAUACUCUCCAGGGAUUAAGAGUAGCAGUGUCAAGGAGUGUUCUCCCUGCAAAACAACUGACACAGGGAGCCCCCACAAGAAGCCUCACAAUGCAUUUGUCUUUGAUACAGAUUCCCACGAUGAAGCCAAUGACAGCUCUUCUUCCUUAGUAUUGCUCCAGGCAGCCCCAAGCCAAGGCUGCAGGCCACACGGUAGCAAGUUGACUCACAGUGUUUCUGACAGUCUGUUUGGCUGGGAGCCAGAUAAAAAACACUGUUCAGAAGGCACGUCCUCAGUUUAUCCCAGUGAAAGGCCUGAAAAGCUGACAAGUUGUGCCAAUACCUGUCCCUUGGAGAGGAACCUGUGCCCAAGUGUUCAGGCACCUCAGGUGCCAAGGGAGAGAAAUCCAUACAGCCAAGGCCAUGGCCACAUGGCUCUCAACCCCCAGCUUUCAGACACUGACGACAACGAAACCCUCAGUGAAUUGCACAUAGAGAGCAGUGAUGAGAAAAGUCCUUCAGAUUUGUCCUUGACUGCAGACACUGACAAGUCCUUGGAGAACCUGGAUGUCCUCAUGAGAUUUGGAAAAUCUCAACUUGAGUCUCCUGGUGAGGAGGGAAAACAAGUGCCCAUCCACGUAGAGACUAGACCAAAGACAUUUAGUUUCAUUAAGCAGCAAAGGGUUGUAAAAAGGACUUCUUCAGAAGAAUGUAUUACGGUAAUAUUUGAUGCAGAAGAUGGUGAGCCCAUUGAAUUCAGCUCUCACCAGACUGGAGUUGUCACUGUUACCAGAAAUGAAAUUUCCAUCAAUUCAUCUCCUACCGGACCCACGGCAGAACACACUGAACUUUUACCUCAGGGACUUACUUGUUUACAGCCAGGAACAGCUGCAAGAGACUAUCCUUUCUUCAAAAGAUCUGAAGAGGAAACUGAGAAACACAUUCCAAAAGCUAAUGGCGAUAAUGUUCCCAUGGUGCCCACUGAAUCUUUGAGCCCCAGGACGGUGAUACAAAAUACUCAGCAACAAAGGCUGGCCAGGCCAACACACCGUGUGGCAUGCCAGGGUAGUUCCAGGUCCUUAGCAGCCAUGGGCAUAUAUCAAAAGCAAAGUCUGAUGACGAAAAUACCUGCCAGGGGCAAGUCUUCACCUCAGAAAUCAAAAUUAAUGGAGCCUGAAGCCUCAACACUAGUCCCUUCUUCUGGCCCGGUGACUCUUGAAAAAUCACCAGCGUUAGCCCCUGGGAGACUCUCACGGUUCACUAAGACUGAAAGCCCAGGUCCUCUCUUUCAAUUACGACCAGAUCCACACAUUCCAAAACACCCCACCCAACUUCCUCAUAGCUCCAGAGUGUCCAGCAGGAAGGACUGGGUCCAGUGCUCCAUGAGCCAGACUCCCGGAUCACAGUCAAAACCCCUCAUGGAGCCUAGUGAUAGUGGAGAGCUCCCCACAAGGGACGAACGCUGCAAAUCUGGGCUAGAGGUAGGAGCGAGAUCUCCUUCUCCCCCAACCCCUCCUGGAAGGUCAGUCUCCCUGCUGACCAGGCCCAGCCAUGACUACUUGCCACCACCUUCAACUUCCAAGCCCGAACCCAGGGUCCCCAGUGAAACAGCAAGGAUACUGUUCAAAUCCCCUUUGGUGAAAGGAACUUCUGCUCCCGUUACUUCUUCUCCUCAGGCCAAGGUGGAAGUACAGAGAAAGAAACCUUCUGUGGCCUUCAAAAAGCCUGUCUUCUCCCACCCUCUGCCCUCAGAAUCAGUGGUUCAGUCCAGAUGCCCUGCUCAUACUCCCUCCAACUCAUUCGCCGUGAUGGCCCCGGGGCCUCCAAAGGUCUCUCCAAAGAGAUGUGUCCCCAGAACCUCUCCUCACCAAACUCUUGGGAGCACACAAACAGACACAGAAUUACGGGCUCCUAAGAAUUGUCCUUUAACGCAUGAGCCACUGGAAAUAUCAUGCUCUAAAAGUGUGUCUCCGGGAAGAAAGGGACAAUGGAAUGACAGUGCGUCCACAUCCCCCAAGCCCUCCUUCUUAGGGGCAAAUGAGUCGCCAUCAUCUCAGGUUAGCAGUGUCUCAUUGUCAUCGUCAUCCUCCAAAAGCCAUAGUGCCCCCCAUGGUUGUCAGAGCACUCAUGAGAAAGGGCCAAAAACUCGCCUCCCAGUGGGACUCAAGAUUCUCAUGAAGUCUCCCCAGUUGCUCAGGAAAAGUUCCACGGUGCCAGGGAAACAUGAAAAAGACAGUUUAAAUGAAGCUUCCAAAAGUUCUGUGGCUGUGAGUAAGUCUAAGCCUGAGGACUCCAGGAAUCCAGCAAACCUUGAUGAGACCUCAGAGGGUGACAGAAAUGUGACUACACUGGGUUUACAGGCACAGGGCAGUUUAGCCGAAGGGCUUCCCCUGGAAGCAGCAUUGCCAGAGUCACUGGAAAAUGGGAUCCUUGGCGCCGAUGGAAGAGAUGGGGCAGAAAAAAGAUCUGUGAAAAGAUCCCUUUCCUCCAGCAAGCCACACCUCAAACCCGCUCUCGGCAUGAAUGGCGCCAAAGCCCGCAGUCAGAGCUUCAGCGCUCACUCAGGAGACAAGCCCUCCACACCACCUGUGGAAGGGCUGGGCAAAGUCCGCACUCAGAUCAUUACCAACACUGCUGAGAGAGGCAAUUCUCUGACCCGGCAGAACUCCUCCAUGGAAGGCUCUCCCAGCAAGACCCCUUCUGCCCCCAUGUCUGAGAGUCUCCCCAGUGCUGGGCGGUCCUUGGUGCCCCCCUCCUCCAGGCACAGCUCCCUGGGGAGCUCAGGCAGCUCCAGCAGUCAACAUGGGAGUCCAGGCAAAUUGCCUUUGAGGAUCCCUCCAAAGUCUGAAGGGCCCCUCACCCCACCUGGAAAGGAGGAGCAGCAGGGAGAGUGUCCCAGUGUGGCUGUGCCGAUACAACCAGCUAGUGACCUCUGCAGGUGCCCUCCCACCCCAACAGACUGCCCUCCAGCCCUGCAGAGCUCGGGGAGGAUGCAGCAUCCAAGCUAUUUUGAAACAAGCAGGACACCCAAGCUAGAAACUUCUGGAAGGCAUCCAGAUGCCUCCACAACUAGGACUGGUGCUUUGAGCUCAGAAGCCCCCCUGUCACCCACAAUCGAAGAAAAGGUCAUGUUGUGCAUUCAGGAAAAUGUGGAAAAGGGCCAAGUGCAAACAAAAUCCCCCUCUGUGGAAGCAAAGCAGAAGCCCAGCCCUUCUUUUGCCAGCUGGUUUGGUUUUCGGAAGAGUAGACUUCCAGCUCUCAAUAGCAAGAAAAUGGAUGUCUCCAAAACCAAAGUGGAAAAAAAAGAUCCAAAAGUCUUGGGAUUUGGAAACAAACAACUAAAAUCAGAAAGAAAAAAAGAGAAAAAGAAGCCUGAGCUACAAUGUGAGAUGGAAAAUGAGCUUAUCAGGGACAUGAAGCCAGCAGAUAGUCCAGACUGUGGUUCACAAAGGAAAAUGCCACAAGACAUUUACAAGCAAACGAAGUAUGAACCAAAAAAUAGAACCAGCCCUGUUACAUGUUCAUCAAAAGAUACCUUCCUGACAGAACUUUUGAACAGAGUGGAUAAGAAAGCAGCUCAACAGACAGAAAGUGGAUCAAAUAAUGUUUUCGGCAAGAAUACGCUAAAGGGCAGUUCACAGGGCUCCUGUCUCACCAGCAGCUCUAUCAGCACUCAAGGAAACCACAAGAAAAACAUCAAAACCAAAGCUGAUACGGAAAUACCAAAAGACUCCCUGACAAAAGACGCUAAUGAAAACUUGGAAGAGGAUGAAGAAGAUACAAUCGCAGAUUCUGCAUUUCAGAGCCACAUCAUAGAAUCAAACUGCCAGAUGAGAACACUGGACAGUGGAAUCGGAACCUUCCCUCUCCCAGACUCGGGAAAUCGCUCAACCGGACGUUACAUAUGCCAGCCAGACUCCCCAGAGGACACUGAGUCCCUCCUGCCCCUCCAGCCAGCCCUUUCUGCACCUUCUUCUAUCAGAGCCCAAACCCUUGAACGUGAAGUGCCUUCCUCCACAGACAGACAGCACCCUCCAGACAGCGCCAUUGUUCAUUCCGCCUCCGACACGGUCAUGACUGCCAGAGGGAUGCAACCUCUUCAAAGCCGCCUCCCCAAACCAGCCUCCUCAGGAAAAAUCAGUUCCCAAAAGCAGAACGAAGCAGAGCCAAGGCCUCAGACUUGCUCAUCAUUUGAAUAUACUGAAAACACCAUGGCAAACGAGCAGCUUCCAGACUGGAGAAGUGAGGAUGUCACUGCUGAGACCCAGAAAUUGAAACGACUUGAAGAAACAAAAGAAGAUCCUGAGAAUAGAUUAUCUAAAAUUUCCCUGGAGUCAUUCAAUAAAUUUAACAGCAACACUGUGAUUUUAUUAGAAAAAGAGAAGAACUCUCUGAACAAGGGUGAAGGACAAAAGGAAGAAAAAGAGAAAAACAAAGAGGCAUCUUUGAGUAGCUCCGAGAGGCCAGGGGUAGACAAGAUGGAAUCUCUGAGUGAUUCUUUAUAUGAUAGCUUCUCUUCCUGUGCCAGUCAAGGUUCCAAUGAUGUAUAAAGGACUUUUCUUUCCUUAGUGAACUGGGAACAGAGCACUUAAGAAACAGGGUGGGAGUGGGGGGUUGUGGGAGGGAAGGCUGGGGUAGAGAUGAGAACAAUAAACUAUUGUAACACCAGAGCCUACAUUGUCAAGUUCACAGCAGGCAACCCACCAGAGCUUACUUCUCUGAUAGGGCAAUAAAGACAGACUCCAUUUGUUGUUUUGAGGAGGAUUAAAGGUAAACACACCUACCAUACAGAAUUCUUAAUUUUGCACUUUUUUUGGAAUACUUGUACAGAAGUUGUAAAUUUUUUUGGAAGAGAAAUUAUAUUUGUAGCGAAAGAAAAGGAAGACAGCAAUAAAUUGAAUCAGUGCCAUGCUCUUGAAAUGAUAUACUAUGUCUUAGAGGUUAAUGAUAAUAUGUAUUUUUUAAUCCCAGCUAAAGUUUUUCUUAAAUUCAUUGUCCUACUCCUCAAAUUGUUUGUGGGCACAAUCUGUAAACCUAAAGCAGGGCCUGCCAAAAAAACAGAAGGUUCAUGGUCAUCUCCAGCUCACAGUCUCAAUUUGAUAGAAAUGUUAAUUUUAGUGCAAUUUCAGAAUUGUGGCCAGAAAGAUUCAGGGUUUAGUAAUGUGUAAUUCUACUUCUAUUGAAAAAUGAAAAGGGUCCUGAACGGUGGACACUGGUUGAGAGUGUGACACUAUCAGAAAUGACCUAAUUCUAUUUCCAACAGCAGCUUUUCCCUCCAGACAUCUCUUGACAUCCUCUUCUCUUUAGUGCAACUCUGUGAUUCUGAAUAGUAUUUGAUUUUUAUCUUCUUGCUCUUUUUAUUAAAAUCUGGGUACUCCAAAAAUGAAAGCAAAUUUCUGCUUGCAGUGUCCACUUUUUUAAAAAAUAAAAUGAAUGGUUGGUGCUACAAAAAACUCUUUUUUAAUAUUCUUUUUUUCUACAAAGACUGUUCAUAUGUAAGGAUAAAUUCUAUUUUAAAGGUUAUGUGUAUUUUUUCUAGAUGUGAACUAUUUAUAAUUGCUUUUGUACAGGAGCUUGUAAACUAGGCAUAAUAGAAAUAUUUUUAGGAUCUAUAUGGUUACUUUAGCACCUCCUUGUUUCUUUGAAGAGUAUUGUAUGAUCAGUGUUACUGGGUUAAUUUGUGCAAUUUGUUAUAUUUGAGUUUUAUCUUAAAUGAAAAUUAUGUAAAAUGUCCUUGUCUUUCAGACUUUAAAAAAACCUUUUGUUUUAUUUCUGAAUAAAAGUUUUCUCACAAUUACACCC